CGCGGACAUGGGUCUCCCUCUUCCACUUCCUCUUCCGCUCUGAUCACACUUCGCGCCAAGGAGGAGCUGCUGGUCUAAACUAGUCUCAUCACGAUCAAUAAGAAAAACUCAUUUAUUUUGUUGUGGAUUAUGGAUAUCAGGCGGUUCUUUGUAUCAAGCAAACCCGCAGCACAGAAACCAUCUCAGGAUGGAACACUCAACACGGAGAAGGAAUCCACGAAGAAGAAAUCCGUCUCAACAGACGAAGAAGUGAAGAAGAAGAACCCUGCCACCAAGAUCACCAGCCCCAAGGUGGAGAAGAAGAAGAAGAAGAAGAAGGACAAUGAUAAAAAGAGAAAGAGGCGUGCUGUCAUUGAGUCAGACUCUGAGGAGGAGGUAGUGGAGCAGAAGCAGAAGGCCCAGAAACCAAACGCUCCUCUUCCUCCGGCUCCUCUUCCUCCUGCCAAGAAAGACCCGGUGCAGUACGUCUCUGAGACAGAUUCAGACAGCGAUAACUUCCUGUCUCUGAAGAAGUCCCAGGCUAAGCCCCAGGGUAAUGGAGUGACCAAACCAGGGAAGGCCCGCAACGGGACCAAAGAGAGCCACGUGUCCCCCCCGAAACCCACCCUUGCUCCCGCCACAGGGAAAGGAGGGAUGAAGAAGAAGUCUCCUCCAGCCCCCGUCACCCCUAAAUCAGCGCCCCCGCAGACCAAACGCACCCCCACCUCUGUCCUGGACUACUUUGGCAGUGGGAGUGUCCAGCGCUCGGACAGGAAACUAGUGGCCAGUACCAAGAGGAAAACUCUCUCUCAGGACCCUGAGGAGUCGCUGACUGAUGAGGUCAUCGCCCAGCAGCUGCAUAUGGACGAGGACAUGGAGUUGGAGAGGCAGGCCCACGAGGACGAGGAGUUUGCCAAGACGCUGGCCAUGUUGGACCAACAACCACACGCCAAAAAGGCUCGUAAAUACUCUGGUGAGGAUCAGGGGUCUGCCACGUCAGCCAACAAAAGCAGCGCUAACUCCUCCCACAGCAGCACUACCAGCCAAUCACAGUCCAAUGGGCGGGAUCACAACCAGGACGUGAUCGGUCCGUCCCCUAAAAAAGGUCCCCCCUCUUGUUAA